AUGAGUGAGUUGUCUCACUUUCAGUUUCAUCCUAGAUGCAAAGAACUUAAGCUCACUCAUCUAUGCUUUGCUGAUGAUCUAAUCCUGUGUAGUAAAGGUGAGUUCCCCUCUGUGUAUCUUCUGCUUCAAGCUUUUAAGCUGUUCUCCAACUCUUCUGGUUUGUUAGCCAACAAGCAGAAAUCAGCUAUCUACUGUUGUGUGGAUAAGAUGGUUGCUAGGAUUAAAGUCUGGAGUUCAAGGAAUCCUUCCUACACAGCAAUAAUGCAGCUCAUUAAUUCUGUGUUGAUGAGUAUUCACAUGUAUUGGGCUCAGGUAUUUAUUUUACCCAAGAAAGUACUGCAGGAAGUUACUAAAGUUUGUAGAGCAUUUCUCUGGAGUGGGCAAGCUUAUAGUCAGAAAAACAGUAACAUUUCUUGGGAAAGUUCAUGUUGUGAUAAGAAGCAAGGUGGACUUGGAUUUAGAGAUGUUGUCAAAUGGAAUAUUACAAGCAUUGGAAAAUAUGUUUGGGCCAUUGCAUCCAAGCAGGAUAAUGUUUGGAUCAAAUGGGUUCAUGCUGUGUACAUUAAGGAUGGGGAUUGGUGGGAGUAUAAACCUGUAGCUUCUGCUAGCUGGUAUUGGAAGAAGAUAUGUGCCAUGAAAGAGAGAUUGAAACUAGUUUAUACUCAAACUAAGUUAGCUGCUAUGCCUCAUUAUUCUGUGAAAACAGUUUAUGAGAAAAUCAUUGGACCAAAACCUGUGAUUCGGUGGGAUAAUAUGGUGUGGAAUAGGCUGAAUAUCCCUAAGCAUAGAUUCGUAUGUUGGUUGGCAGUGCAGGACAGGCUUCAAACCACUGCAAAAUUGGCAAGAUUUGGUGUUAGUAAUACUGCAAAUUGCCUGAUUUGUGGACAAGCUGAUAAAGAUCAUAAGCAUCCGUUAUUUGCUUGUCCCUAUAGCAGCAGAUGCAUUAGUGCUCUCAAAACUUGGUUAGGGAUUACUUAUUCCACUGGUAAUCUGAAGCAGCUCAUGAGGUGUAUUGCUCAUGGCAGAAUGUCAAAGUUUAGGAAGCAAGUUAGCUUCGCAAUGCUAGCUGCUGCAGUGUAUGAUGUUUGGUCAAGUAGGAAUGGUUGUUUUUGGAAUGCUUCCUUUCCAACUGUUCAGAAUAUGGUAGCUAGAGUUAAGCAAAAUGUUAGAGAUCGAAUUUUGGUUGUUUUACCUAAAAAUGUAACUAGGAGAGAUAGCUUGUGGUUUGCUACUUUGUAA